AUGAUGAACCACGCUCGAGUCAAGGCCCUCAAAGGCGACGGAAAGACUACAUCCAAGAAAGCCAUCAAGUCAGGCCGUGCUUCCGCUGGUUUGACUCCUCGAGGCUCUCCUUUCGCUUCGCUUCUUACGUCACCCGCGCAUUCCGCAGCCCCAAGCCGGGCUGCUUCUGACGAGAGUGAAGAUGACUUCGAAUACGACGAUACCAUGAGCAUUGCUUCCGGAAGCUCUCUAGUCGACACCAACGAAGACGGCACCAACACAUUCGACGCCAAGCAGUUUAUGGAGGAACUUCAGGAUCGCAAGCACAACAAUAGCGAUGCGCGAACUCAACUCCUGGAACUCUACAUUAAGGUUUUGCGACAUCGGUUCGCCCCUGCCACCCACGAGUGGCUUGAUGAUUCGGCCAACGAACUCGCAGAGCUUUUCAUUCGUGGCGCUAAUCGCGGCAUAGAAGCUAGAGAGCGACUACUUUACCUUCAGGCGUAUCUUCUGACUCUUAGUUCCUCAGAGGACGCCAACGUUUACGAGCAUGCCGAAGGAACUCUCAAGCAGAUAAUUGCCGACGACGACGAUGAGGAAUGCAAGGCUUUUGGCAUUUACGCAUUGUGCUUUACUGUACUUUAUGGCGGCGGUGGCGAGACGGAGGCCCUCGAGUUGCUCGACUACCUAUACGCCAUAGUUGAGUCUGAUGGAGACAACAUCGAUUCCUAUGACAAUGGAUUCAUUGUUGCGGCUGCUCUUCGAGGUUGGGCCUUUGUUGCUAGCCAUGUGGACGACUUUUCAUAUGCCGCCACCAUGGCUUUGGAUGGGUUUUACGAGCAGCUUGACAGCGUCGAUGUUGGUGUUCAAGCUCAGGCCGCUGCCUGCAUCGCACUCAUUUUUGAAGCGGCGCGCAACCACGAGGAGGAGACAGGAGAAUCCUGGGAUCUUCCCGUCAACCCAGAGAAGCUCACAGGUCGCAUGUCAGAGCUCGCCAAGCAGAGCUCCAAAUCAGUUUCAAAGAAGGAUCGCCGAGACCUUCGAGAUAGCUUGAUGAGUGCUAUCACCUCACUCGAAAAGGGUGUUGGACCAGGAUAUUCGUCAGCUGGCUAUACACCUCAAAAAGGCGAUAAGCGCCAAACCUCCAAGCCCAAUGAGGAUGGUGUCAUUGAAUUUGGAUACCGUCACAAACUCCGCCUCGGCAACUACGUCGCCGUGAUCGAUUCGUGGUCGCUCUCUUCCAGAAUCGACAUGAUGAGACUUCUUUUUGGAGGGCACCUACAAAAGCACAUUUUUGACAACCCUGUCGUUGCUGAGUGUCUAAGUGACGCCGACUUUAGCGACCAGGGACCAGUUGCAAAGAAAUCCCCUAAGAAAUAA